UCGACUACACUCCAGAAGAUUUUCUUUAUUUAGGAAGCAUGGAAUAAACAACACAGACUGUCAACGCAGAAUGACCUUCUAUAAAAGAUGGAAACCGAAGUGAAAUCUGAUAGUCCAAAGGGUCCAGACCCUGUAACACCCACUGAAACAACACAAGAUGAGUUGUCAGCCAUUCGUGAACAUGAACCUUUGGAGGAAUUGCUGUCACAGAUUCCGCGAAAGGCCCAGAAAGGGAUGCUUACCCAAUGUGAUCUGGUUCUCUCCUGUAUAGAUGCUAAUGAAGACUAUAUAGCUCUUGGUUGUAAUGUUGGCCUUGUUUUUGUGUUUGACCAGAAAAAACGUACUGUAGAAUACAAACUCAGGACAGAGUCUAAUAAUGACACUGUUAGUGUUGUACAGCUGCAUAAAGGAUUAGACAGCCAGGUUGCCAUGGGAACAAAUGGUGGAAUUAUCUACAUUUUCCAGUUGCCAUCCACAUUACCGGGGCAGAAUAAACAACUUCAACAGUUUGUGGUGCGGAAUUUACACCACAGCAGUGUCACCUGUCUCUCCUGGAGUCUCAAUGGAAUGGCAUUGUUCAGUGGUGACAAGAAAGGUCUGGUUGUCUGUACAGAGGUGGACUUUUAUGAGAGGCAUUGUGAGUCAAGUGUGUCACAUGAAGAGAAACAGUCGGAGAUUGUGCAGCUCCAUCAUGCCCACAAGUCCUUGCUGGUUUCCACACUGCACCGCUCCUUCGUCUACAGGCCCAAACUCACAGAUAACAAACUUGUUCAGGUUGGCAAGAAGGACCGGAAAAUACUAGGUAACUUUGGGGCCUGUUUCAUCCCUGGUCUCUGUAGACCUGAAGAUGCACAGCUGUACGCUGCUCGUCCUGGUCUGCGUGUUUGGAAAGCAGGAAUCAAUGGCGUUGUAUUGAACACUAACCUGUACAAAGACAUAUUGUCUCAGCCCCAUCGUGACAUCCCAAUAAUUCCAUACGAGGGUCAAACAAGAUCACAACUCAAGUCUUCUGACCAGCAGUUUGGAACACUUCUCUUGUAUCAGGAAAAGUACUUGGUGACAUGGACCAGCAGCCAUUUGUAUCUACUAAACCCUGACAAUAAUACAGUCAUAGCCAGCCAAGCACGACUUGGCAUCCUCGUAGGUGUCGUAGUCACCAAGGAUGACCUUUUUAUUUUACGUAGGAACACAAGCAGAAAUGUAGUAAGACUUGGUUUGAAGCCUCUAGUAAAACAAGAGAGUGUGUAUGAGCGUCUUGUCAGGGAAAGACAGCUAGCAGCCAAUGCUGUUAAGAACAAAAACUUGCAGCAAGGCAGCACAGACAAUACUAAAGACCCAGAUGUCAGGCCUAAAUCUGACAAGCCAUCCAAAUCUCCACUCAAGUUCUUUCAAACAAAUGUACUGGACAAGUUUAAAGUGGCCGGAACAGGGGUAGAGAAUUCUGUGUCUCAUCUUGUCUCUUCUAUGGAUCGAUUUGGACAUGAUGAUGAAAUGGAAGGUCACUCACAGGAAAUAGAUAGAACUGACCAAUUUAGAACUCCUGACAGUCCUAGUCCCGGUAAAAUCUUGCCACCAGUUGUUCAAUUAGAUUCUCCAGACCUUCCCACAAUAGAAAUAUUUUCUGGAAUUCCCCCACAAGCAAAAGAUUUGUCAAAUGAUAAACCAUAUACUUACAAAUCUAGUCCCUACACAGGACGAUUUAAUCCAUUCUUAAGUGACCCUGUGUCUGAUAAUGAAUCAGAGGAGAUAUGUACUGAUACUUUUGGUACAGUAGAAGUGUCAAGUCAGCAGUGUGAGAAGGAUAAUUUGGAUUCCAUGUCACAGAAUGACGAGAACCUUAAACUACCAGAGGAACCAACAAGUCCCCAACCCAAAUUCAUGAUAGAAAAACUGGAUAAAGUUCUGAAACAUGAGACUUCAAGUGAUGAUAUUGUGUUCACUCAUAAACACAAAAAAGGAAAGAAAAAGAAAAAAGCUACAAAGGAGAAAGAUGGUGAAGGGGAAUCGCAGAGUCAAAGAACUGAAGUGACAUCUGUAAGUCCCGAUCUCCAGCCGGAGGAUAAACAGGAGGAAGAAUCCUCAAGAUCUAUCAGUCCAGAUAGUAAAUCUGAGGAACCUGUCUAUGAACCUCUCAUCAUGGAUGAACCAGAUGAUGUAGAAAAAUUCAGAGAAAUGUCCAAAGAGCUGGAGUCAUUUGAGAGAACACUGACAGAUCUUCCUGGGCAAUCCAUGCUGACCCAGGAUGCAAUAGAGGCUGAAGCGCACAAGAAAGAUGAUCUAGAAAGUUUGAAUGUAAAUAUGUCUGUUGGCAGACAAGAAAUUGAGACAAAGACUUCAGGAGCUGAAAGUCCAGGGCUCCAAUCAAGUCCUAUUCCAGCAGAGGUGAAUACUAGUGAGCAUGAUGUGACCGAUACACAGGAUAGUUGCCAUGGAGGUAGUAUGACACCUGGAAUGCAAAUUAAUGAAAUUGAUACUGAACAGCCAAAGAAGAAAUGUGUGACUGUUGAAUGUGCAAACAAAGUUGACGCAAGUUUGUUACACUCUAGUGUAACCAUGACUACAAUGACAGCCUCUUCUGAUGUAGCAGUAACUCCUCAUUUUUCACUUGACUCUUCUGGAAAAAUCCUCACAUCUAGUACAAUUCUAGAUUCCAAGGAAGUGCCCACUACCGAGAGUCCCUCAGUAGUGUCAGAGGAGGAGGAGGAGGAAGACAGUAUAUAUUCAGUAAAGAAGAAAGAGGAAACCUCUUCAGAAACUGUUAAGGAUAAGAUGGAUGACCUAGUCAAUAACACACAACAAUUUUUCUCCUACAAGACUCCAGAUGCAUCAAUGGAGGAUAUUUAUGGUAAAACUGGUGGUCUGACUCCUUCUCCAUCAGAUCCAACAAAAGGCUUAUCUUCCUCAAAGAUGAAAGAUAAAAAGGAAAUAAAACAGAUAAGCGACCCUAGUGAGGAUAUACCACAGUCCCUGAUCAAUAACUGGGGAGAGGCAACAACGGGAGGAAACCUUCAAAGUCUUGCUAUCAGUAACAGUCAUGUGUGGGUGGUAGACAAGAGCUGUAAUGUGUAUUACAGUAGUCUACAGGGAGGGCGCCUCAAAUGGCAGAAGAUCAAGGACCCUGGCCAUCAGAUUGCUGUUUCAAGGUCAGGAUUUAUUGUGUGGCGACUUUACAAGAAUACUGUUUAUGCAGGCACUAAAAUUACUACCAGACAUCCAGAAGGCAUGAAGUGGGUUGAGGCUGUACGUAAUGUGCUGUUUGUGGCUGUAGACAAUAACUGUGCUUGGUAUGUAAAGGUAUCUGGGGAAAUAAUGAUACAAAAUGGACUGUCCAUGGAUCGGCCAUGCUUUAAGUCAAUAAACGUCCCAGGAGAAGAAUCGCUGAGAUUUAGGCAGGUGGCUUGUCAGGACAGAGUUGUGUGGGGAGUGACAGAAGAGUGUAAGCUGAUGUACCGACAGGGAGUCAGUGAUGUGUGUCCAGCAGGCAAGACCUGGCAGCAUAAUGACCAUGUUGGGGAGGAUACCAUGUUCUCAUAUGUUGCUCUUGGAGAUAAAAACAUUGGAUGGGGAAUAGAUCUGUUAGGCAGGAUCUGGUUUAUUACUGGAGUAACCAUGGAUACACCCAUGGGUCAGGAAUGUUGGUGGCAGGUACCGGUCAGUGAAAUACUUGUCCAGGAUGAAACAGCUAUGGACUCUUUACUGUCACUUGCCAGGAAAUUUGACCCUCAGAAGUUAGCUCAUCUUCUCAGUACACAAGGUGGAGGACUCAUCACCGCAGGGGAGGGAGGUGUCUGGGUGUGUCCUGAGUUCAAAAAUACACUACAGAUCUGUAGAGGAAGUAUACAAGGUCACAGCUGGAGGGAGGUGAACAUGGCAGGUUUCACCUCCUCCAUUGCCUGGAAGCUCCUGUCAGCCUCAGUAUCGGACCAGGAACACGGUCUUGUGUGGUGUGUACAGCCUAACGGUGAUGUGUUCACACUGUCACCCACUACAGGCCACACACAGAGUGUGGAAAACCCGGCACCCCGUUACAGACUUGUGGGGCUUAGUGCUUGUCCUGAUGCUGUGUGGGGACUCACAGAGAAUGGUUUUGUCUUCAUACGAGGUGGAAUCCGACCAGACUGUCCUCAGGGUACUGAGUGGAUCAAACUGGACUUACUUCAGCUUGGUGAUGUCCAUCUAAUGAGUGUGUCAUGUGGACAAACAAAUGUGUGGGCUUUAGAUAGUGAUGGAGUAGUGUACCAGAGAAUCGGUGUAAAGGCACCCUCUUCUCACUCCCUAACACAGGCCUGGCUUCCGGUGGACUCGGGGGCCAGCGGAACAACCUUUAUACAAAUCUGUAGUGGGCCAAAGGACUGGAUGGUGUGGGCUAUAGACAAUCGUCGUCAGGUUUACACCAGGACAGGUAUUACAGACAGAAUGCCUAUUGGUACUAACUGGGUUCAUGUACCAGGAACACUGGCCCAACAGAUAACCAUGAGUGAGAGAAAUGUUUGGGCAUUGAAUCCUGUUGGAGAGAUCCUGUGUCGGUAUGGUGUCACACCAGAGAACCCUACUGGAAACUACUGGAGAAAAGUUCCUGGAAUCUUCAUACAUAUAUCUACUUCAGCAUUAGAUGAUAUAUGGGCCAUCAAUCAGAAAGGGCACAUCUAUAGGCGAAGGACCAGGUUUUUAUUACGCAAACGAGCAGGCAGUGAUCCACUCCUUGAAAAACACAUCAGGCGCGGUACCAGUACCUCCAGUGAUGAUGGUUGGGAACUCGUCUGAGUUAAUUCUAUAA